UGCUAUAUAGUAAAGGUCCGAGCCACAGGAUCAGACUGAACAACGAGAUUGCGAUGCGAUGCGAUGCGAUGCGUACGUAUCGAUGUUUAUCCGUACAGUACAUACAUGCAUGCAUGCACCAUGGCAGGCCCGGGCAACGGAGUACGAAUAUAAUGCAGUGUAUGUGCCUCUGGAGUCCAGGCAUGCAUACAAGACGAGGAAGCCAACUGGCAACUGGCUCCGAGGCGUCCGCGACACAGCCGCAGCCGAGCAGUCAGGAGAUGAUGCAACCGAGUUUCAGCUGGCCAUUCGAAUCGGCGUUCGAUAGUGCUCGUUCGACACGCUCGUUGACG